AUGUUGGGGAUGAAGCGAAUUCUUGUCAAUGUGGUCGUAUUAUCGUUGGCCGUUAACUUUGUAGCAACAUGGUUUACUACACCGGCUAGUACAUCAGGUACUACUACCACCGGAAGCAGCUGUCCCAAAUCGAAAUAUCGCUCGAUUGAUUCCUCUUGCUCCAGCACAACCAUUCCAAAUUUGGGCAGAUCUGGCGAACCAUAUGCUCGUAUGCUUCCACCGAAUUAUGCGGACGGAAUAUCUACUCCACCGGUCAUGAGUAACGGCAGUAAAUACGUUAACGCCAGACAAAUAUCGUACAAUUUGUUUUCGAUCGAUGAAACUCCCGAUCCGACCAACACGCUGAUCAACGUAUUCUUUCUGCAAGCAAUUGGCCACGAUUUAAGUUCCCCCGCCGGCGCAGACACUAAUUUGCAGUGCUGUGCUGAAAGGAAGGUUAUACCGCCAGAGUCCGCUUCUAGCAGAUGUUACGCGAUAUUUAUCGGUAUGGAUGACCCCGUGUACUCUUGGUUUAACAUCGGAUGCCAAAAUUAUGUGAGGGCGCUCACGAAACAGCCCACCCAACCACGGCAGCCCGUUCAGCAGAUAAAUAGUGCAAGUAGCCUGUUGGACCUAUCGUUCCUCUACGGUAAUAGUGUCGUGGACAGCAACCGUGUGAGGGCAUUCACGGGCGGUAAACUGCUUUCGGUACGACGUAACGGUGGUGAAUGGGCGACAAAAUACACCACAGAAUGUAGCGGAAGUGAUGGGUGCUAUGUGUUGGCCGAUCAACGCAGCUACCAGUUCCCAAUGACAGCCACAGUGCACUUAAUCUUUCUGAGGGAGCACAACCGAUUGGCAAAUCAGUUGAAACUGCUCAAUGCGAACUGGUCGGAUGAGGUGCUAUUUCAAGAAGCGAGACGCAUCAACAUUGCUCAGUAUCAGUACAUCGUGUACUACCAGUACCUUCCAGGUGUCUUGGGACGCGCGAACAUGAUAAAAGACCGGCUGAUAUUUGAAGGAUCGGGCUUCGCAACGGAUUUCAAUGCUUUCCAAAACCCAUCGUCGUUGAGUGAAUUUGGCGGAGUUCUGGUACCGUACAUGCAAGCUCAGCUUCCGGGCAGCAUCAACUUCUACCUUAACAACACAGUGCAAUCGUUUUCAUUAAGCAGCUUGGCGGGCAACCUAACAUUAUUCGAAAGCAUGUUUAGCUCGUUCUUUACCGGACUUAUCACCCAAUCAACUAAACUGAUUUCGACUAGGAGUUUCAGCAUCGAAUGGAAAAAUUUUAUGUAUCGUUUGGCAAGUGAACCUGUGGGACUAGAUUUUCUUGCCCAGGACAUACAGCGAAUGCGCGACUUUGGCUUUGCACGCUACAACGACUACCGUUCUCGAUGCGGUUUGACCCGGUUCGCAACGUGGGAAGCGUACAAUGCCAGCUUCAAGGAUCCUUGUCCCAAAACUCUUGAAAAACUCCGCUUGUACUACCCAUCCGUGGACGAUAUUGAUCUGUUUGUCGCUGGUGCGUUUGAGGAACCAAUAGAGGGAUCCCUUUUGGGUCCAACGUUUUACUGUCUUUUCAAGCAACAGUUCCUCGCGACGCGUACUGGUGAUCGAUACUUCUUUGAGGCAGGCGGACAGGAGGGAAGCUUCACGACGGCCCAGCUCACCGAAAUACGCAAAGUUAGCCUUGCACGGUUGAUGUGUAACGCUUUUCCAACAUUACCGAAGAUUCAGUCGAAUGCAUUCUGCCCGGUGUCGGCAACAAAUUCACUCGUAUCGUGUAGCUCAUUGCCAACGCUUAAUAUGGCAGCUUGGCUUGCAUAG